AUGGAAGAGCAAGGACAUAGUAAGUUUAUUCCGAAAGAGUUGAAGGACUGUCCAGAGUGCGGGAAACCUAGAAUCUCUUUUGGUUGGUGCAAGGAUUGUGAAACUAAUUCCAUGAAGCAAAACUUUCUUUAUUGGACAUCUGAGAAUAAAGAAAUUGAUGAAUUAAUCCGCCAUACUCAACUUAAUGCCUCUCAAACUUGCGAUUAUUUGGAGUGGAUCCCGUUUGAGAAAUUUGAAAUGGUAAAAUACAUUGGUAGUGGUGGAUUUGGUAGUGUCUAUUCAGCACUUUGGAUGGAAGGACCAAGAUGGAAUUGGGAUGAUGGUGCGCAAGAGUGGGCUCGAGCUGGUCCUAUGACUGUUGCUUUGAAACGUCUUGAUAAUUCACAGAAAAUUUCGAGUUCUUUCAUUAAUCAGAUUAAAACGUAUCACAAAUGCUUACAAUCGGCUCCAUUGGCUGAAACAUUUGGAAUUACAAAGGAUCCAACAUCUAACUACAUGAUAGUUAUGAAGUAUUACGAAAAUGGUAACUUAUAUCAAUAUCUAGACCGUUCUAAUGGAAUCCUUUCUUGGCGGGAUAUGAUAGAUAUAUUACAGGGAGUUGCUAGAGGUCUUGAAAGAAUCCAUAUUGAAGGAAAAAUUCAUAGAAAUCUUCACGGAGGAAAUGUACUCAUUGAGGAUGAAGAAAUCUCAACAGACGCUUGUAUUAGCGAUGUGGGUCUUUAUGGACCAUGUUAUUAUCAUGAAAAUAAGAAUUCAGGUCAGGUAUAUGGAGUUUUGCCAUAUAUUGCGCCGGAGGUCUUACGUGGUGAAAAUUAUUCUCCUGCUUCUGACAUAUAUUCAUUUGGUAUUAUUAUGAAUAUUCUUGCAAAUGGAAAGAGACCUUGGUAUGAUAGAGCGCAUGAUCAUUAUUUAGCAAAAAGCAUUUGCGAUGGUGAAAGACUUGAAAUUCCAGACGAUACACCAAAAAUUUAUGCAGAAUUAAUGCAACAAUGCUGGGAUAAUGAACCAGGAAACCGUCCAACUGCAUCUUACCUAUACAAAAAAUUAAAUUGGAUUAAUUUAAUUCGAGAUAAUCCGAAUCCAUUUGAUGAUAAUUAUUACAUUUCUGAAGAAAAAAGAUUUAAAAUGGCUUCUCAAUUGCUUAAAAUAUACACUCACCCGGAAAUACAUCCCGAAGCACAUUUUACAAGUAGACCUUUUAGUGUUCAUUCUGCACUUUGGAUGGAGGGGCCAAGGUGGAAUUGGGAUGAUGGUGCGCAAGAGUGGGCUCGAACUGGUCCUAUGAUUGUUGCUUUGAAACGUCUUGAUAAUUCACAGAAAAUUUCGAGUUCUUUUUUUUAA